UGGUGCUGUAGCUCUGGUAGCUUUUACAGUUAAAUAUCAUCUCUCCUGAUCCUUUUCCAAUAGCCCCAUUGAGGGAUUGUUUACCUCUGUACUCACUAGCUUAGCAUUGACACGCUUGUAUGCUCCUCUCCUCCAUCCUAAGGCGGAAACCUCCUCUCACGGCCAAAUUCCGGAAAUUUAGUACAUCAGCCAAAAUGUCAUUGAAGGCCCUCUCCUCCAAGGAUGCCGCCUCCCUGGACAAAGAUCUCAUGGAGACCGGCGGGUUCUCUCUAGACCAGCUCAUGGAGCUCGCGGGGUUAUCAGUCUCUCAAGCAGUAUACCGCAUCCAUCCCCCAAAUGCAGGCAAGAACAUUCUCGUCAUCUGCGGUCCCGGGAAUAAUGGCGGCGACGGCCUCGUAGCCGCCCGCCACCUCGCGCACUUCGGCUACAACCCAAAAGUCUACUACCCAAAGGAGGGCAAAAACGAGCUCUACCAGCGCCUCAAAACCCAACUCCGCCACCUCUCCAUCCCGAUCCUCGCCGACACGCACGACCUCCCAGAAGCCAUAAAAUCCUCGCACCUGCUGGUGGACGCCAUCUUCGGGUUCAGCUUCGGCGGACCGCUGCGCGACCCAUUCCCGGAGAUCAUCAGCCAGAUGGAGGCGGCGGCGAUCCCCGUGCUGAGCGUGGACGCGCCCAGCUCGUGGGACAUCGAGAGCGGACCGCCGCGGGACGGACCGGGGGCGAAGUUCAUGCCGGAGGCGUUGAUCAGUCUGACGGCGCCGAAGCCGUGCGUGAAGUUCUACCGCGGGAGGCAUUUUGUGGGCGGGAGGUUUCUGACCCGGGAUAUUGCGGAGAAGUAUGGGUUGGAUGUGCCAGACUAUCAGGGGGUGGAUCAGGUGUUGGAGGUUGGGGUGGAUGCUGAGGGGAGGUUGUAG